UCUGUCUCUUUCUCUAUCUCUCUCAAUUCAAUUUAAUUUGCUUUAUUGGCAGGACGGUCAUAUUGCCAAAGCAAUACAAUAUAAUGCUUACAAUGCAAGCAUAAACACUGAGAGUAAACAUUUAACCUUUUUCUCUAUCUCUCUCAAUAAUUUCCAUCAUUUGGCAGGUGCUUUUAGCCAAUAUGUAACUAAGUGAAUUUAAUGUUGUAAGCAAACAUCACAAGAGCUAGCACUAGAUACAAAAAGAUUUCAAUAGCAGAAAAGAACAAAUUAAUGUUAUUACAUUAGUGUUAUUGGUGUAUAGUUCAUUUAUUAUCAUUAUAAUAAUAAUUAUUAUUAUUAUUAUAGCUCAGUUCAAGACUGUCCGAGACUGCUCUAAGAUGGAUUGGCUACCAUCUAAAAUUUGGGGAUCUUGCCCAAAAGCUGGACAUGGUGUUGCCAGCACUGUUGCCACCUCGACCAUCUUGUUGCCAGUUUGACCAUCUCCAACCCAGCUUAAAAGGAACUGGAUCUGCUUAAAACGUGCUGGGCCAGCUUAAAGCCACGUAGGAAUUCCCGGCAGGGGAGGCAUAACGUGAGCGCAUAUAAAUGUUUAGAACUGAGUAGCUUAGCUAGAAUUUCCAGUUGUUGACAUUCCGCAUUAGGCAGGUGCGCGUCGCUGCCGCAGUUUCCUCGCUUUUUUCUACCCAGGGGACCGUGACCAGGAACGACCGAAGAGAUGUCGUUGCAGUUCAGCGACGAACAGUUUCAAGAGGCCUGGCAAGAGUUGGACGAACCUCAGGUGGAAGGAUGGGAGCUUUUUACGGAAAAUCCGGGGAUUAAAAUCUACCGACAGUUUAACCAGGUAACGGGUCUUUAUACGUACAAAGUCGUCGGCGUCCUGACCUCUUGCGGUCCAGAGCAGUGUGUUGACGUCUACAUGGACUUGGCCUAUCGGAAAACCUGGGACAGUUAUGUCAAAGAGCUGCACGAGAGAGACUACGAUGGACAGAAAGCCAUCUACUGGGAGGUGAAGUACCCGGUCCUGCUGUCCAACAGAGAUUACGUGUACAUGCGGGAGAGGAGGGACCUGGAUGUGGACGGGAGGAAGAUCUGGGUGGUCCUGGCCCAGAGCUGCCCGCUCUCCCAGUGCCCAGAGAAGAGCGGCAUCCUGAGGGUGCAGGACUACCACCAGAGUGUGGCUUUUGAGAGCGACAAGACCUCCGGCACCAGAAUGUUCAUGAACUACUUCGAUAACCCGGGUGGGAUGAUACCGACCUGGCUGAUUAACUGGGCGGCCAAGACCGGGGUGCCGGGGUUCUUCACUGACUUGCAGAAGGCCUGCGAAAACUACCCAGAAUACUGCAGGAAGCGCCAGAAAUGAAGCUGCAGAGGUCGCCACGGGGUCACGAGUGCUGCCUUGCCCACCCCCCCAUCCCCCCUCCUCACUGUGCUGCCUACUGUAAGCAACAGAUCAACUCAAGGCAUUCUGGGAUUGUAGAACUCUGGGAUUUAAGAGUACUGUAUUUAAGAGGACUGUAUUUCAACAGUGAGCAACUGUUGAUAGUAAUUAUUCACUUGUGGUUUCGGUGUUCUGUAGACUUCCUGUACAAGGGGACGAGGUCUCGUCCAUGCAACUAAAGUAUUUUUUUAACUAGUUAUAUAAUCUUUUAUUCCUUUUCCCACACAAUUAGAAGUCAGAACCAGGAGUAAAGCGGUAAAUACGUGUUUCGGGAAAGGAAAAGAUUUUAAGAAUGAGAAAUUUAAAAGAUGUGCCUUUAUUUUUUCGAAUCGAUAACCUGGUCACAUCCCGAUCCGGUUGACUUCCCUGACUCCUCCGGUCCUGGGGUAAACCCCAACGCUGUCGUCACAGAAACCACAGCCUUCCUGAGCCCCACCCUGUCCGGAGCUGAACCCGUCAGCCGCUGACUGCUUCCAACAUGAGUCAUCAAGCGUAACCUCGUCAUGAAACUGUGAUGUCACGAGUGGUGUGUUUUUACUGGCUGAGACGCACGCGUGCAGCGUGACCACAACGAGCGAAGUGUGAUUGGUUGGCAUAGACGAAUCAACGGUCGAUGUGAUGAAAUACUCGAAUAAGUGUUAGGAAAACGAGACUCGAUGUGUAACAGGUAGAGCUCCAAUGAAAAACGCUGCCUGGGCACCGCAUGACAGAUCCUCCACCAAUCGGUAAAGAGAUGAUCACAUCACCUGAUAUGUGUCUUGUCUACUGUAUUGUUUAGUCCAUCCAGAUAUUCUUUCUUGGCGUUGAAUACUUUUCCUGUAGUGUUUGUAAAGAGCCCUAGCAUGUGUUUGUUGUUUGAGUUCACAUGUCUCUCUUUGGGUUGAUAACUCUUGUUUUUACCUUGUUGUUUUUCAUAAGGGGUGGGGAUCUUAUCUUCUCUUCUAGAGUGUUUGGAAUGAGCAACACUGGCAAUAGUUUUGCACUGAAUUUCUUCCAAUGAAUGAUAUUGAAUAAUACAAUAUUAUUUAAAACCUCA